UUAUGUCGUUGAUGAUAAUAAUUCCUCCACGACUCAGCAACAAGAGCUACUCUGGGUGAUGAGCUUAAUGGUGCUGUUGCGGCUAUUUUAAUUUUUCAACAAGGAUCCAAAUGGCGCCGUUGACGAAAUUCUUUCAUUAUAAACGUCAACGAUCAACAUCAGCCAUCAGGGAACGAAGAAGAGUACUUUCGAAAAUACGCCGAGAGUAUUCCUGAUGGUGAAACGAGCGUUGCUUCAUCGAACGCAGCUAAAGAAAACAACAUCUAUGUAGUUGGUGGUACGAUGCCUGAAAUAGAGGGCGAUAAAUUGUACAAUACCUGUACUAUUUGGGGUCCCGAUGGAACUUUGAUAGCAAAACACCGAAAGGUACAUCUAUUCGACAUCGACAUUCCUAAUAAGAUUACUUUUCGAGAGAGUGAUUCACUCAGUCCUGGUAACUCCCUAACGACGUUCGACGUGAAGGGCUGCAAAAUAGGUAUUGGCAUUUGCUAUGAUAUUAGAUUCGAGGAAAUGGCACGCAUUUAUCGUAACAAAGGUUGCCAAAUGCUGAUAUAUCCAGCGGCAUUCAAUAUGGCCACUGGACCACUGCACUGGUCCUUACUUCAGCGUUCCAGAGCGAAUGAUAAUCAAUUAUACGUUGCCUGCAUAUCACCGGCUCGUGUUCCUUCAGCAAGUUACGUCGCAUGGGGGCAUACACAGUUGACCAAUCCCUGGGGAAAGAUUCUUUACGAUUUGGAAACUCAAGAGAAUAUGGCAGUCACCGAUAUCAAAAAAAAAAAAGAAAAAAAAAAAAAAAAUAUGAGGCAUACUAUAUAAGAUUGUCAUCGAUUUAAAAUCAAAGUAUGAAAAGGAUACCCUGGAGAGAGUAAAACACAGAAUCAUUCCAACUAAACAUUCAGAUCGUACCGACACCUAGGUAUCGUCUUACAAUUAAAUCUCGGUCUCGAAUGGAUUAAAAUGAAAUACAUACUUGCAGCUUCAACAUCUUCAAUAUCGAGGAGAUUCAAACUUUACAAAUAAAUGUAAAUUGCGAUGUAAAACAAAGCGAUGUAAAAAGGGAAAAAGGAG